GCAAGAGCCUGGAGCGGGCAGCAUCGUCCACGUCGGCAACCACCGCCCACAAUGCUGCACUCCCCACCGAAGAGACGCAAGAUCGAUCCGAGCCUGUCGCAAACGAGCAAUGGUACCGGUGUCGCUAACGGACAGCCGACGACUCCCACCAGGGCAUCCUACCGCUCUCCCACAAAAAGUUCCUUAGCACGCUCCCAUCCCCAUCUCAUCACUCGGUCGACCCGUCGCUCAGUCACCGAACCCAGGGGAAAGGUCCUGAGAGACGAAAUUCUGGGGAGACACGAUCACAUUCCCGAAGUGCCCAGGACGGUAUCCCAGGUUGCCCGCCGCCGAGAUCUCGAUAGUCCAGUCGACGUAUCCGCUGCCCAGGCGAACGAAAACCAGUCGAGCCAGGAAUCCACGGCGUUGCAAAAAGAGUCCACGCCUUCAAAAGCUGGCCAGGCUAGUGACGACGAGCGCCCGGCGCUGAAGGAGCGUCAGCCUGCACAACACACAGCCAGGGAAAGAACCGAGUCCGGCGAGGGACCUGCUACGCCAGCCAUCCUGCCCAAGCUGGUCCCAAGAAAAGAGACGGAUGCGAGAGCUGUUUCGCGAGGUGCAAGUGGUGAGCCUGAGUUGCCUCCCACGCCUGUUGAGCUGGGUCUCAGCCCCGCACCUGAACGACCGCGUGGUCUGGCAUCAAGCAGUAGCCCCAGGAGUUCGAAGAUGAGCAGCAGAUCAGGCAGAUGGAGAGACGGGUCACGCGGGCCCAUCACGAGCAGUCCUCUGAAACCCAGAGCGCCUCCAGCUGUCGAGGCCUCCAAUGAUGACAACGAGAGCAUGCAAGACGACGCUCAAGAAGCACCAGAAAGUGAGCUGGAUGAGGGGCAAGAACACAGUGAGGCAGUGCCCGAACAGAGCGAAGAACAGGUACCGACUCUGGAAUCGUUGAAAAGAAGGUUGGAACAAUUACAGAAGGAGAACGAGCAACUGCAGGCAGCCAUUGAUGAUGACAAUGAUUUGAGCCAGGAAAUUGUUUCUAUGCUACAGCAAUCACUCUUCGAGGAUAGAUCUCUCCGAAGCUUUGAUUACAUCGAUGGCGGCGGCGAAAUGUCCUCUCACUUAACGUUGUUUGCACCUGGCAACCUCCAACUGACUGCUCGGACGGAGACGAAGGUAAUCAGGGAGCGAACGAAGAUGAUCCACUCCCUAAAACUUGAAGCUCCGCCUCCAUGGUAUCCGGAUGCCUUUUCUUGCGCAUUCGAAGUGGUAGUUGACGCCGAAAAUGUCCAAAUCGAACAUGUCGAGCUGAAGGAGGUAAUGAGCAGAGCCCGCCGUACGAAGACCACGAGAGCCGAGAUUUUCAAAUGGGUCAAUGAUCGUUUGGAGCAUCCUCUGCAUCGACUUGAUGUCAGUGGACUGAUAUGGGGAAUAGGGCGAUGGUUCACUGCUGCGGUCGAACGUGCCAAAGUAUUCCAGUGGCUGGACAACAAAUACAACACGCCUUCGUCCAACCAGGGACAGCAGCACGAGGAUGACAAUGACCACGAGCUGACUCAGGACCGAGCAAUUGAGCUAGCACGAUACCUGGAUAUGACCCAAAAUGCGGCAGUCGACGCAGAAACGAAUGUUACCGCAGGCGGCAAGAAAUUCAGAAAGAAAGUCAUACUCUCAUGGGCUAUUGAUAUCGACUGGGCAGGUGGGCCUUUGUCUCAGAUCCAGGUUUCUGUCAGUGGAAUUCCGCCGAAAGCAGAACCUGGGUUGAGGACGAUUUUUGGCAGCUUGAUCCCGAGCUUGGGCGUCAAGGGAGCAUUUGAGAACAUUUGGAUGUUGAUCCACGGAGACAGUGAUGAAUUCAAAUUCGGCGGCACCUCAAAGGACAAGCAAAAGGGGUGACAGCUGAUGCCAGAUGUGCCGAAUCACGAAUACAUGAGUUGACGAAUGUUACAAGAUACCCCUCUAUCAGUGAACAGGACCAUUAGGAUAACGUGGUGGCUUGGUUGUGCAUAUCAGAAGGACAUGGCUCAUGAGUCUGCUGCCGCUUCGAGCUAGUUGUCAGUAAUGAGCGACGAGUCGAAACUGUGAUGAUACCCAUCAAAGA